GAUGGAGCGAGGAGUAUCCAUACAGCGGCGCGGUACGGCCACGUGGGCAUCAUCAACACGCUCCUGCAGAAGGGGGAGAGCGUCGACGUCACCACUAACGACAACUACACGGCGCUGCACAUAGCGGUCGAGUCGUGCAAGCCGGCCGUGGUGGAGACCCUGCUAGGGUAUGGGGCUGACGUGCACAUUAGAGGAGGCAAGCAGCGCGAGACGCCUCUACACAUCGCUGCCAGAAUACCAGACGGUGACAAAUGCGCGCUAAUGCUGCUGAAGUCGGGCGCGGGCCCCAACAAGGCGACGGAGGACGGCAUGACGCCGGUGCACGUGGCCGCCAAGUUCGGCAACCUCGCCACGCUGCUGCUGCUGCUCGAGGACGGCGGUGACCCGCUCAAGAAGACCAAGGUUUGCUCAUUG